AUGGGUCGUAUUAUAAAUCGCUGCUCGAAAGAUAUUUCGUCGAUUGAUGAAAAACUAUCCGAAACCACAUAUAAUUUUAUCGAGGCUUUUUCUAAUAUUGCUUCAACAAUUUCAUUUAUCGCGUACAUUCAACCAGUUUCAUUAAUAUCAUUAAUAUUCGUUGGUACAAUACUGGAACGGAUACGUCGAUUUUUUAGUCCAGCGAUACGUGAUAUAAAACGGCUUGAAAGUCUUGGUCGAUCACCAAUCUAUUCUUAUAUUUGCGCAACAAUUCAAGGUAUACCAUUAAUUCGGUCCUAUGGAGCUCAAACGAUGUGCACACGAAAUUUUUCCUAUUAUCUCGAUGAACAUAGUCGUGCGUUUAGUUUAAUGCUUACAAUGAACCGAUGGUUAGCAAUGCGAAUUGAAUCUGUGAUUGCGGCUUUUAUUGGUCUUCUCACAUUUUCGAUGUUCCUUGUUCAUCGAAAUUUGCCUGUAUCUGAUUUGGGUCUUAUUCUGGCUUAUUCUUUUACAUUGAUGGGUUCUGUACAAUGGAUAGUACGAUUAAUUGUUGAUGUCAUGAUACAGAUGACUAGUACGGAACGAGUAAUUGAAUAUAUUGAUUUGAAACCGGAAGAAUCGUCAACAAGUGAUCAAUUAGUGAUUUUGCCGCCAAGAUGGCCAAUCGGUUCGAUCGUCUUCGAUAAUAUGUCUUUUCGUUAUUCAGAUGAUUCAUCGUGGGUACUUAGCAAUAUCAAUAUUUCUAUUGAGCCAGGCGAAAAAAUUGGCAUUGUUGGUCGAACCGGUGCUGGUAAGAGUUCAAUCAUACAAGCAUUAUUUCGCAUGGCUGAACUUGAUGGUCGAAUACUGAUCGAUGAAAUAGAUACCAAACAGAUUCCAUUAUACGAACUUCGUCGGCAUAUUUCAAUUAUUCCUCAAGAUCCUGUUCUCUUCAACGAUAGUCUCCGAAUCAAUCUCGAUCCAUUUGGUGAAUAUUCCGAUAUUGAAAUAUGGAGUGCACUCAAUGAGGUUCAAUUUAAAUUCGAUUUGAUUGAAGGUCUUCAACACAAUGUAACCGAAGGUGGAUCAAACUUUAGUGUGGGCCAGCGACAGUUGAUCUGUUUGGCUCGAGCAUUGCUUCGAAAAAAUCGAAUACUUCUUAUUGAUGAAGCUACGGCCAAUGUUGAUCAUAAAACAGAUGAAAUCAUUCAAGUAGCCAUCCGACGUAAAUUCAUUCAUUGCACUGUAUUGACAAUAGCUCACAGAUUACGAACAAUCAUAGACAGUGACAAGAUUCUAGUGCUAUCACAAGGUCGGGCUGUUGAAUUUGCUAGCGCUCAUGAAUUAUUGUCUGACAAUAACUCACAAUUUGCACAACUUGUUGCACAAACUGGCCAGCGCGAAGCUGAUUAUUUAAGACAUCAAGCAAAAAAAGCAGCCAAGUCACGGAAGUGA